GGCUGCUGCUGUGUGACUCACCCUCCAGGAGGGAGCUGUGCAGAUUUUACAGGCAGGCAGGUGGGAUGUCACUCAAGUCAGGGGUGAUGGUGGCAAACUGGAAGUGUCAGGGUUAUCCAGAGUUCCACUUGUUUGUUUUAAGUGCACCAUCCCUGCAGUGUCCAGGGAUGGGACUGUCCUGCCCUGGUGUGUGUGAUGAUCUGUCAGUGAGGAUGUGCUUCUCAUCCCUCCCCAUGCCCUUUAUUUGCUUAUCCCCAAGGGACUGUUUCUAUCCCUCUCUCAACCCUUCCUGUUACCAGCCCUCCUUUUCCCUGGGACUCUCAUUCUCUUGCUCCACUCUCCUUCCAGCAAGCAUUUAUCUCUGUGUUUUUCCCCUCUGACACAGUUUCUAGCACUUCCUUGGCCUUUUUCCAGGCCCUUGUUGAGAAUGCCUAUGGUGCUGCUGUGGUUGUCCAGCUGUGAUGGCUGUGGCCCAUCCCCUUUGUCCCCCUGCUCCUGGAGACAUCCAGCCCCUCUUGGCUGCUGUUCACAUGUGUGCAGAGUAAUCCUUUGAACAGCUGCACCUGAGUCUUGGCUUUCCAGGUGUUUGAAUGCUUUUCUGCAUCUCCACAGGAUUAUGCAGGGACUGUUUGAAAGGCUGGAAGGGCCCUGUUUUCCAGGUGCAUUUGAGGCUGUGAUGGUGUGUCACCCCUCAGGAACGAGCUUGAAGGGAAAGGAGCUGGGACUCUGAAAUCGCUUUGUCACGUGCACUGUGACAGUGAAUUUAAUAACUCCAGUGGAGGACACAAGGUCUAACUACCCCCAGGCACGUGCUGGGGAGUGUUUCGGGCAGCCUGCACCAGUAAGGAAGUCUUAACUUUGCCAGGGGCAGACCAGGUGGCACAGGAAGGAGCCAAGUGAGAGCCUAAUGUGUGUUCCAUGGGCACUGAAUGCCAGCUGUGAAUCUGGGGCUGUCUGUGUGUGGUUAGCUAAUUAGCACCACUGGCAGCCUUUUAAGUGAAAACAGGAAAAAAAAAGACAUUGGAACUAAUGUUCCUUGUUUUGGAUGUGUUUGACUGCUCCUUUUUUUUUGGCUGUGGAUUGCAGGAGGCUGCAGGGUGAGGUCACCCCGUGCUGGACGCCAAGGGGGCCAUGCAGAUGAGCAGGACUACAAUGUACUGACUGUGAGCAGCUUCCGACAGAGUUCUUGCCUCCAUGGGUGCUGGGAGAGGGCCUUUCCUCUUCUGGGUGAUUGAUGCUGGCCUGCAUCAAACAAGUGUUGGACAUGAUCUUUCCCUGGGAGGAAGUUAGUACAGUUUUUUUUGGAACAGCAUGACCAAAAUCAAGAUAAAAUGCAUCCAGCACAAGCUGGGCAAGCUGAGGCUGGGUUUGUGCCCUGAGACUCUGUUAGUCCUGACUCUGUUAGUCCUGAGGUCCUCAGGAUGUGACUCUGUAGUAGUUCUGCAGGCAGAGGCACGAAGUAAAAUGUGCAUUUUGGAGCUUUUUUAAUUAUUGUUUAAAAUAUCCUGGCUUGUCACACUAACAAACACAGGAACUUUUCUUAGAAGAUGAAGGGAGGAAUCAGGCAUCCUCAACUAUAAACUACAGAAUGAGUUUAUUUUUUCCCCACUUGACUUUGACUCAGCUUCGGAUAUUUGGAGAUUUCAGAGUUUCUGUUUCCAAACUGCUUUUUUUUUCCCCUGCAGAUUAAAGUUUGAACUGGUGUGUCUCUUCUCCCUCACAGUCCAGUUUUCUCUGGUUAACUUAUGCUUCUGCCUGCCCUUAGCUCACACCCUUCCCACGAGAGAGGAACGGUCUCGGUUGCUGGCGCUUGUCCUCGUGGAAGCACCCUGAGCACAUCUCAGUGAGUGACCCCUGAGCACACAGUGUCUGUGAGGUCCAGGACAGGCCAUGAGAAGAACUAGGCCAUGGGGCACGUUUCUGUGAAGGAAAAGAGCACAGCACCAAACCAGCGUGAAGGUUUUUCUUGUACUUCCCUGCAGACAAAUCAGUCAAGGCCUCUGUCCAGGAGAAGUAGAAAUGCAGCCUAAGCAAAACGUUGCAAACUGAGCUGGAGAGUGUUGCAGCCUGGAUACCAGUUGUGGAGUUUCACUUAAGGAUUGAGGAGGGAACUUGUAGUGGUCUCCCCGGUGCCGGUCCCGGGACAGAGGGGCCCGGAGCUGCCAUGACGACGGGCGACUGCUGCCACCUCCCCGGGUCCCUGUGCGACUGCCCGGGCAGCGCUGCCCUCUCCAAGUCGGUGGAGGACUCGGACAUCGGGCGCCCUCAGUACAUCACCCAGGUCACCGCCAAGGACGGGCGGCUCCUCUCCACCGUCAUCAAGGCGCUGGGCGCCCAGAGUGAUGGUCCCAUCUGUCGAAUCUGUCAUGAAGGUGGAAAUGGGGAGGGACUGCUUUCCCCAUGUGACUGCACAGGAACACUGGGCACCGUGCACAAGAGCUGCCUGGAAAAAUGGUUAUCCUCCUCCAACACAAGUUACUGUGAGCUCUGCCACACAGAAUUUGUUGUAGAGAGAAGACCAAGACCUUUGACAGAGUGGCUGAAGGACCCCGGGCCCCGCAAUGAGAAGAGGACCCUGUUCUGUGACAUGGUGUGUUUCCUGUUCAUCACCCCGCUGGCGGCGAUCUCGGGCUGGCUGUGCCUGCGCGGGGCCCAGGACCACCUGCAGUUCAACAGCCGCCUGGAGGCCAUCGGACUCAUAGCACUCACUAUUGCACUUUUCACAAUCUACGUCCUCUGGACGCUGGUUUCGUUCCGCUACCACUGCCAGCUGUACUCGGAGUGGCGAAGGACCAACCAGAAAGUCCGCCUGAUGAUCCCAGCCUCGAGGAGCCCUCACCCCGUGCCCCACUCCCUCCUCUCCGCCAAGCUCAUGAAGAAAACCGCGGAUGAGACGACUGUCUGAGCCGUCCCACGGCCACCAACUGGGGCCAGCCCAGGGCUGUGUGUCCUCAUGUGCCCAGGGCAACUCUGGGGGCACCAGGAAACAAUCAUCCCACACAAGGGGACUCUGUGGUCAGCACCUGCUUCAGACUUUGACAAACAGACAAAUAAUCAACGUCUGUGUGUGAAAUGGCCCAAAAGAGCCCAGUGGCAGAAAAUGCCUCUCUGCAGGGACAUUUUCCCAUAACUAAAUACCAUACGUGGAAAAUAUCUCCCUCUCUCUCUCUAUAUAUAUAUCUAUAUAUAAUAUUAUUUUUUAAUGGCCAUGCAUAUUGUGUUUCAGUCCUUUUGUGUAGAUGUUCUAAGCUUCAGGAUAGAAGCUGGCAGCCUGAUCUCAUUCAGAGGUUAAAUCAAUGCCUUUUCUCCAAAUGAGCAUAUAAAGAACACUUCUCAUCAUCCGUUCUUGAAAGGCCCCUUCUCCUUUGCACUAAAUUGGUUUUGAUAAUACUGCAGCAGCCUUCCUGUUACUCUUUGGUCUCUUUCAUGGUGUUCUGUCCUUUCUAGAAAGUUGAGUGUUUUUAAUAAUUAUUAUAAUCCCAGAAGGAGUAAAAUGACGUGAUACUGAAUGGAGACAUUUUGUAUUGUAAAGUACUGUAAUUUUGAGAUAUAAGUUUCAAAAAGAGAGAUCUUUUCCAGUGCAGAUGUGAUCUCACAAGAUGCUUUCCUUGCCUAUCCUGGCUCACCCCCAGGACUCGGAUGCACUCAGCUCUUGGUAUGUCUGGCAAAGGUAGAUGGAGGAUCCAAGGGUGGAGAGUCAUGGCUUGUAUUAGCUAAACCCACCAUUGCCUUUUGGUUUUAAACGAUCGAGAAAGGAGCUUUCCUGACCCCAGAAGGUUGAAGUUUCUGUUUGCUGAUGUCCUUUCACCAUCCUGAGGCUGGACCUCCCGUAGCAUCAGUUCCACACGUACCUUAGGGGACAGGCCAUGCCCUGCGGCGCUGGCAGGACGCAGGUGCUCUUGGCUGUCUCUGCGCUUUAUUUGCACAUUCCAGAGGAGCUGCUGGGAUUGAGUUCAUCCCUGACAGCGCUGCCUGCCUGUUGUGUCCUCUAGUGAAACCCUCCCAGUUCGCUGGUUCCCAGAGAACAGGUUUGGGUCCCUUCUUUUGUGGGGCUGGUGUUCCUCCUCCUCCUUCUUUCCUUUUUUUCACCUGCAUUUCCAGCACAUCCAGCUGUCGAAACCCUCUGUCUCAGAGUGCCCUGUCUGCCCAGGGUCUCGCUGGUUUGGCUUUGGUCCUUGCCUCUCUGCCACCCUCCCACCCUGCCAUGUGGUGCCCGUGCCUGGUGCUGAGCUUCCCUGAGCCUCCCGUGUGGCACAGGCUGUGAGGACGCCGGCGGUGCCGCUGCCCUGCCCGGUGCUCCAGAGGUGUGUGCUCAGCUGGAGCCUGGGCUCUGCUCCCGUGAUGGUGAGGGCAGAGAGCAGGGAGGAGGCAGGCUCCAAGGUGCCCAUGUGUGGAUGGUGAUGUGUGUGACACACUGUGUCCCUCUGCCCCUUUGCUGAACCCAAGUGGAUCAGUCCAAUGCCCUGCUGGACCGAGACCUGUCGUUUCUUGGAUUCAAAGCACCCCAUGUCCUUCCUCCUCCUCCUCCUCCUUUCUAGCUGCAAAGCAGGAUGCUUUUCCUUAUGUGUCCCAUGACCCUGGGCUGGAAGUUUCUGGUGGCAUGAGUAGCAGGGGCUACAGUGUCCUGUCUGUCCCAAGAGGAUCACUCCAGCCCUGGGUCCUGGGUUCUGUUGGCUCUUCUCCUCCAUCUUCUGUGCCAGGGUUCUCGUGCAACUCAGGGAUACCCCGGCACAUCUUUCAGCAGCCUCUCUGUCCCUUCCCUUCUGCCACAUACCCAUGGGCACCUUCCCUUUUCCCAGUCAUGCAGGGAUGACUCUGGCCCCGGUGCUCCUGGAGGAGGGGCUGCUGCAGCCCAGCUCCAGUCCCAGUCCCUGCUCCAGUCCCAUCCUGUUCCCACCCAGUUGCUCCCCGCUCCUCACACCCUUCCAUGGCAGCGGGCACUGCACCACUGCCCUGUGCCUUGUCCUGGGUACCCCUUUCUUCAGGCCCUUUCCAACAACCCCUUUGUCACCAGGACAUUCUCAGUGGAGAAAAAUAGGGGAGUGGUUUCACCUUUUCAUCCCUGGCUGCCUCCCAGGAGCUUGGCCUUGCAGUGCACCGAGUUCUGGCCAGUGACAAGGGAUGUGCACUCCCACACCACGUUCCCCAGGUAAGGACUUAAUGGAGCCAGUGUUCCAGUUAGGAGACCCACUGUUGAUCCUAAUAUGCAACUGUGAAAGCCAGAAGCCCCUGGCUGGGGCAGUGGGGGCCCGGCCCUGUGCUGUAGGGCAGCCAUGGCUGCACUCAGCUUCCUUGACUUUAUUGUCGUUGCCAAUAAUUGGAGUUGUUGCAUGUCCCCCUGCAAACCCAACAGCCACUCUUUAAAUCUUUUCCUCCUUCCUAGAGGAGAUGUUCAGCUUGUGGAUGUGGGAAAUCAGUGUCUGACCCACCACGUUCCAGUGUCAUGGGGAAACGGGCUGUGCAAUUAUGUAAAUAAAAGUGAGACAAAC